GAAAACAGGGAAUCAACAGUCCGGAUCGUAACAUAAACAAGCUAAAUUUAAAGGGACCCCGAUCCAGAGCAUGACAGGAUUAUGAUCAGAGAUUAAGGGAGCUAGGGCUUUACUCUUUGGAGAGACGGAGGAUGAAAGGAGACAUAGUAGAGGUAUAAAAUAUAUUAAGAGGAAAACAUAGAGUAGAUAGCCAGCUUCUCUUCCCCAGGUCACCACUGCUCAAUACAAAGGGACAUGGCUUUAAGGUAAGGGGUGCGAUGUUCAACAGGGAUAUUAAAGGAAGGUUUUUUUACUCAGAGAGUGGUCGGUGCGUGCAAUACACUGCCUGAAUCAGUGGUGGAGGCAGAUACACUACUGAAAUUUAAGAGACUACUAGACAGGUAUAUGGAGGAAUUUUGGGUGGGGGUUAUAUAGGAGGCAGGGUUUGAGGGUCGGCACAACAUUGUGGGCCAAAGGGCCUGUACUGUGCCGUACUAUUCUUUGUUCUAUCUAUAUUCUAUGUAUCAAGCAUGGCCGGCCAAAUGCCUGUUUCCAUGCUGUGUGAUCCACUACUCUGCACAUGCUAAAUUACGAUGGUGGCACCACAAGGCAUUGACUUCAAAACUCCACACCCUUCUGAUGGAGACACAACCCCUGCCCUCAACACAUGCGAUCACAUCUUACCUGCUUCUGACAUUUAAAAUACACUCAGAAUGGUUUUCUCAUUCAGUCAGAAGGUUAUAUUACAUCCAACUCGUUCUCAGAGCUGACAAACCAUACCCUCCCACAGCCGGUUCCACCUGUUGGUAUGCCCUUUCAUCCCCCUCCAGGGAAGCUGCAUCACCAUAAGACCGCCUGCCAAUGAGGCAUUGAUUUAUCCAUUUUAGAAUCUUUCCUGAAAUCUCCUGGGUUCAUAGAUUGUUAAGCAGGCUCGAGUGUGCAACCUUGUCAAAGGGCUUUCGAAAAUCCGAGUACACUACAUCAACCGAUUCACCUUUGUCUCCUGCUUGAUAGUUCUUCAAAGAAUUCCAACAGAUUUGUCAGACAAGAUUUUUCCUUGAGGAAACCAUGCUGACUAUGACUUAUCAUGUUUCUCCAAGUACCCUGAGACCUCAUCCUUAAUAAUGAACUCCAACAUCGUCCCAAUCAUUGAGGUCAGACUGACAGGCCUAUAGUUGCCUUUCUUCCGCCUUUCUCCCUACUUGAAGAGUGGAGUGUCAUUUGCAAUUUUCCAGUCUUCCGGAAUCAGUCUGGAAUCUUGUGAUUUUUGAAAGCUCUUUAAUGCCUCCAAAAUGUCUUCAGCCUCCACUUUCAGAACUGUGAGGUGUACACCAUCUGGUCGGAGUAUCGAAUCUACCUUCAGAUCUUUCAGUUUCCCAAGAGCCCUCUGUCUAGUUACGCAAUUCAUGACCCCGAAAGCUGGAACAUCCACCAUAGUGCUAGUAUCUUCCACAGUGAAGACAGGCGCAAAAUACCUAUUCAGUUCUUCCGCCGUUGUGUUGUUCCCCAUUGCUACUUCUCCAGCAUCGUUUCCCAGUGGUCUGAUAUCCACUGUUGCCUCUCUUUUACACUUGAUAUAUCUGAAGAAACUUCUGGUAUCCUAUGUAAUAUUAUUGUCGCUAAAUUUCAUAUUCCAUCUUUACCUUCUUCAUAUCUUUUUUCAGUUGCCCUUCUGUUGGUUCUAAAAAUAACGCAAUCCUCUCAUUUCCCACAACUGUUUGCUCUAUUGUAUGCUCUCUCUUUGGCUUUUAUGUUGGCUUUGAGUUCUCUUGUUAGACACGUUUGUGUUAGCUGGCCAACUCCCCUCUCAUGCCUCUGCAAUUCCCUUUACUCCACGGUAACACUGAUACAUCAGACUUUAGCAUCUCCUUCUCAUAUUUCAGGGCGAAUUCUCUCAUAUUAUGAUUACUUUCCCCUCCGGGUUCUUAUAUCUGAAGAUCUCUAAUCAAUUCUGGUUCAUUGCACAACACCCAAUGCAGAAUAGUUGAUUCCUGACUCGGCUUAACCACGAACUGCUCUAUCGCGUAGGCAUUCUAGAAACUCCCCUCUUGGGAUCCAGCAUCGACCUAAUUUUCUAAUCUACCUGCAUAUGGAAAUCAUCUAUGGCUAUUGUAAUCUAGCUCUUUUGGCAUGUAUUUUCUAUAUCCCUUUGUAAUUUGUAGACCACAUUCUUACUACUGCUUGGAGGUCUGUGUCUAAUUCCCAUCAAGGUCUUUUUACCCUUACAGUACCUUAGCUCUAUCAACAAUGAAUCAGCACAUUCCAACACUAUGUCACCUCUUUUUAAUGAAUUAAUUUAUUUUUUUUACCGACGGAGCAACGCAGCCCACUCUGCCUCCCUGCCUGUCCCUUCAAUACAAUGCGUAUCCUUGGACAUUAAUAGACAAUAGACAAUAGACAAUAUGUGCAGGAGUAGGCCAUUCGGCCCUUCUAGCCAGCACCGCCAUUCACUGUGAUCAUGGCUGAUCAUCCACAAUCAGUAUCCGGUUCCUGCCUUAUCCCCAUAACCUUUGAUUCCACUAUGUUUAAGAGCUCUAUCCAUCUCUAUCCUGAAAGCACCCAGAGACUUGGCCUCCACAGCCUUCUGGGGCAGAGCAUUCCACAUAUCCACCACUCUCUGGGUGAAAAAGUUUUUACUUAACUCCGUUCUGAAUGACCUACCCCUUAUUCCUAAGCUGUGGCCUCUAGUUCUGAACUCACCCAUCAGCGAGAACGUGCUUCCUGCCUCCAGCGUGUGCAAUCCCUUAGUAAUCUCCCAGCUAUAAUCUUUCAGCUAUGAUUCCAUGAUGCCUAUAACAUUAUAUCAGCCAAUCUGCAGCUGUGUUGUCAGUUCAUCUAUAUUAUUCCUUAUACAGCGCGCAUAAAAAUUUAAAACCUUCUGAUCGGCAUUCGGCCUUUUCGAUCUUGUCCACCUUUAACAUUGCAUCUCACCCUAUUGACAGCAAUUUUGUCCUAUCAACAGCCUCUCCUCGCUACGCAUUGGCUCUGUUUGUAAACCAACAACCCCAUCUUCAGCGUUAUUAUCCACCUUUCCUAUGAUAAUUCUUAUAUAGUAUUUUCCUCGUAGUUUCCUACGAUACUUCUUGUAAAACUGUGAUUAGAGUAAUUUCUUCAGCUAAUGGUUAAUCUGUGGAAUUUGUUGCCACACAGGGUGUUGGAUGCUGUCAUUGUGAUACAGCAGAGACUAUUAUGUUCUUGAUUGUAAGGCGAUUGAUUGUUUAAGGGACAAUGCAGGAGAAUAAGUUGGAUCGGACCGGAUGGGCCAAAUAGCUUUAUUAUACUCGUUUUUCUAAUGGUCUUACUGUGAACUGUAGGGUAAGUCCUUAUCACUUCCAGAUGUUGCGGUGUGAGGGACGAUUAUAUGUUUGUUCAUUGAGAUCAUUCUAUUUGCAUGCGGUGUUCAAAUUUCAAUGAGGUUUGAUUUUAGAAAUAGUAAGAUCUAAUGAUUUUCGAGGUUUUUUUUUUAUGAGUCCGGGAACGUCUUGCAAACUUACUGCUACGCGACCAUAAUUGAAAGUUUAGAAAUAGAAACGGGCACAGUAUCGUGUCCUAAUAGUGUUCUAAAAUCUCCUAUUAGUGUUUACUAUUAGUGUUCUCCUGAUAGGGUUUUCAUCAAUGCCAUGAUCAAGCAUAUUAAUACGUGUCUGAGAAACUGGUGAAGCGGCAGGGCUUCGGGUUCCUGGAUCACUGGGACCCCUUCUGUGGGAGCCACGACCUGUAAAGUAAAAAAGGACGGCUUACAACUGAACCCAAAAUAUCUGAGUACGUGGGUUUAAUAGAACUGUUAGGCAGAUUUUAAACUAUUUGGCAGUGGGGUGAGGAUCGGUGUGUUAGGACUGAGGAAGGGUAAAACAGAAAUAAAUCGAAGGUAAUCUGCAAUAGAGAUGAUAGAAAGGACAGGCGGGAUUUGAGGCAUAAUAGCAGAUAAUGGUAUGAUUUAAAGGGCAAUAGAGGCGUAGAAACAACAAAUACUAGUCUGAAAAUGUUAUAUUUGAGUGCACGCACCAUAAGAAAUAAAAUAGACAAUCUUGAAUUUCAGCUGAAGAUUAGCAAGUAUGACCAUUUGGCCAUCUCUGAAUCUUGGCUGAAUGAUGGCUGCCAUUGGGAGCUCAACGUCCAAGGAUAUCGGAAAGAUAGCGCAGCAAAAUCUGACCCCAACUGUCCUCGACAUGGCUGAACGGGCGGGCAGGGGAGGAGUUCCAGUGACGUCAACAUCAGGAAAGGUCACGGGUAUGUCCUUCACAGGUCCGAGCUCAGUGAUCACCGAGCUCCUGGCAGGCUGCAACGACUCCCAGCUGCUGCAGCUGACGGAUUUCUACCGGGACAGGCUGGAGCAGGCGAUGGAAAGAGGAGUGUACGGAGUGAGCCUGGCGUUAAAGGAUGAGAAUCAGUUCAGCGGAGAGGAACAUCGGACAAUCUCCGAUCUCGCUGAUAAUGGAAAGAGGGCGGACAGUUCUAAACUCCUCCUGAGCCUGGUGAUGGAGAAAGGCUCCCGCGCCCGGAGGGCGAUGUGGGAAAACUUCGUGAAAAUGCGCAAUGUCGUCCCAAAGUUGGACAAAAUACUGAAAGAAAUUCAGGAACAUGGUUGUGUUCCGAUCCAUCGACCCGUCCCGGAGAUUCCUUGUGAGCUGAAAGUUUUCUUCACAGAUCCGAGCUCAGUGAUCGCCGAACUCCUGGCGAGCUGGAAUGAUUCCCUAGCUGCUGCAGCUGACGGAUUUCUACCUGGACAGGCUGGAGCAGGCGAUAGAAAGAGGGGUGCACGGAGUGAGCCUGGCGUUAACAGCUGAGAAUCAGUUCAGUGGAGCGGAACAUCAGACAAUCUCUGAUCUCGCUGAUAAUGGAAAGAGGGCGGACAGUUCUAAACUCCUCCUGAACCUGGUGAUGGAGAAAGGCUCCCGCGCCCAGAGGGUGA